CAGGCCACUCGAGCGGGGGAAGGGGAACCCGGCCUGGGCCUUGAACAAAUCAAAUCGAAGGAAAGAAACUGCCGGCUUUCAAAAUCCUCCUCCUCCGCCAUCAUCCGCGGUGGUGCGGGGAGCAGGUGGUGUCGGAGACAGGAGUGGCGAGAACUGCCGGGAGAGCAGACGAAAGAGCGGGCCGGGCCUCGGGACCGCUGGGCUCGGGGGCGGCGACCCCGACCUGACCUGACCCGACCCGGACCCUAAGUCAGUCCCCGCCCCUGCGGGGCGGACGCGCGCGCUCAGGUCGCCCCACGCGGCGGCGCCUCCUGUUCGCGUUUGCAGAUUUCCAGGGGAGCCCGGCAACGUAGCCAACAUGGCCUCUGAAGACAUUGCCAAGCUGGCAGAGACGCUUGCCAAAACCCAGGUGGCCGGGGGACAGCUGAGUUUCAAGGGCAAGAGCCUCAAACUCAACACUGCGGAAGAUGCCAAAGAUGUGAUUAAAGAGAUCGAAGACUUUGAUGGCUUAGAGGCUCUGCGCCUGGAGGGCAAUACGGUGGGCGUGGAGGCAGCCAGGGUCAUCGCCAAGGCCUUGGAGAAGAAAUCAGAGUUGAAGCGAUGCCACUGGAGUGACAUGUUCACAGGGAGAUUGCGGUCUGAGAUCCCACCAGCCCUGACCUCACUAGGGGAGGGACUCAUCACAGCCGGGGCGCAGCUGGUUGAGCUGGACCUGAGCGACAACGCGUUUGGGCCUGACGGCGUUCGAGGCUUCGAGGCCCUGCUCAAGAGUUCCGCCUGCUUCACCCUUCACGAGCUCAAACUCAACAACUGUGGCAUGGGCAUCGGAGGUGGCAAGAUCCUGGCAGCGGCUCUGACUGAGUGUCACCGGAAGUCCAGUGCCCAGGGCAAGCCACUGGGCCUGAAGGUCUUCGUGGCUGGCAGAAACCGUCUGGAGAACGAUGGAGCCACUGCCUUGGCGGAAGCUUUCGGGAUCAUCGGGACUCUGGAGGAGGUCCACAUGCCACAGAAUGGGAUCAAUCACCCCGGUGUCACUGCCCUGGCCCAGGCUUUCGCCAUCAACCCCCUGCUACGGGUCAUCAACCUGAACGACAACACCUUCACUGAGAAGGGCGCUGUGCCUAUGGCCAAGACGCUGAAGACCUUGCGGCAGGUGGAGGUGAUCAACUUCGGGGACUGCCUGGUGCGCUCCAAGGGUGCUGUCGCCAUCGCAGAUGCCGUGCGCGGGGGCCUGCCCAAGCUGAAGGAGCUGAACUUGUCGUUCUGUGAAAUCAAGAGAGAUGCUGCUCUGGCUGUUGCCGAGGCCGUGGCCGACAAGGCUGAGCUGGAGAAGCUGGACCUCAAUGGCAACAUGCUGGGAGAAGAAGGCUGCGAGCAGCUCCAGGAGGUGCUAGACGGCUUCAACAUGGCCAAGGUGCUGGCCUCCCUCAGUGACGAUGAGGGUGAGGAUGACGAGGAGGAGGAGGAGGAAGAGGAGGAAGAAGACGGAGAAGAGGAGGAGGAGGAAGAAGAUGAGGAAGAGGAGGAGGAAGAGGAGGAGGAGGAAGAAGAGCCACAGCAAGGGCAAGGAGAGGAGUCAUCCACACCAUCAAGGAAGAUUCUGGACCCAAAUAGUGGAGAGCCAGCUCCCGUGCUAUCCUCCCCGCCUCCUGCAGACGUCUCCACUUUCCUGGCUUUCCCCUCUCCAGAGAAGCUGCUGCGCCUUGGGCCCAAGAGUUCCGUGCUGAUAGCCCAGCAGACUGACACAUCUGACCCGGAAAAGGUGGUCUCUGCCUUCCUGAAGGUGUCGUCUGUGUUUAAGGAUGAAGCCACAGUGAGGACAGCAGUGCAAGAUGCAGUAGAUGCCUUGAUGAAGAAGGCCCUCAGCUCAUCCUCCUUCAACUCCAAUGCUUUCCUCACCAGGCUUCUCAUCCACAUGGGUCUGCUCAAGAGUGAAGACAAGGUCAAGGCCAUUGCCAACUUGUAUGGCCCUCUGAUGGCAUUGAACCACAUGGUGCAGCAGGACUACUUCCCCAAGGCCCUCGCACCCCUGCUGCUGGCAUUCAUGACCAAGCCCAACGGUGCCCUGGAGGCCUGCUCCUUUGCCCGCCACAACCUGCUGCAGACGCUGUACAAGGUGUAGAUGCGAAACCGACCUCUCCCCACCCCUUGGCCUGAACCAGUGACUUGGGAAGGGACUCAGAUGAAGGACUCUGGCCAGAGGCAGGGAGGGUCUUUGUCUCGUGCAUCAUGUCAGUCCCUGAGUAUGUGUGUCGGUGUGGUGUGUGUGCAGGUGUGUGCUUCCUGUUGGGGUUUGGGUUUUCAAUGUCUCCCUGCUGGACUGUUCCUGGUCCCGCUGGAGGGGAGCUGGCCCCCCCCCCCCCCCCCCCCCCACCCCCAUGAAAGGGCUGAGAGCUGCUCUGCCAUUAAACUUGUUACCACCUGAGGGCGCUCUGCUGAUGCGUGCCUCCAGCUCCAGGCCCCGUGGCGGUCCCCUCCCACCUUGCCUUCCUUACCCUUCUGGGCUGCGCCAGCGCCUAGGGAAUUGCGGUCUGUGCACUGUCCCCUCCCUCUGUGCUGUGGCCGGCUGCGCUUCAUGCCCUGCCUGGGGCUGCUCACUUAGUGCUGCCUUUGCUUCCUGUCACUAAGCCCUGGUCCUAAAGCCAUUGUCAUCCCCGUCGUCCAUCCCUGCUGUAUUGAUCUCUGCAGCCUGAGGGGCAGCGACUGCCACAGGCGUGGGGCUGUGGGGCAAUCAGUAGAAGGCAAGGCCCUGGUUCCCGUGCCACGUGGACAGGAAGAAAAGCCAGUGGCAACACUGGGUGUCUAGGAGCAGGAGUCGCGGGUAGAUGAUGCUGGCUCCAGACCCAUGGGGCCUGCUCCUGGCUGCUGAGAUGCUGUGACUGGCCCGAGGGCCAUGCUGGAGGGGGCUCUUUGGCUGGCCCAAGUCUGUUCUCCGGCCCAGGGGCAGGGGCGGGGCCCACUGAGCUAGAGCUGCAGCUCGGGUGCUCUUAAAGGACCCAGACAGGGUGGGGACUGGGCUGGAGCUGCCCCCUGACGCUCUGUGCUUUCCCCUUUGUGCUCUUUGUGUGUCUGGGCUGUGCCCGGGGCUUCACAAAUAAAGUCAUGUGUGGCAA